UCUCAACGUGCAGCUGAUCAGUUAUUUAACGGUCGAAGCUUUCGGGAGAACGUUUCUUUUUUGCGGGCGGAGCUCGAAAACACGCGAUUUGUUUUUUCCGUUGCCCGUGCUCUUGGACGCACUGUAGAAAGCGUUGACUGUGGGAAAGGUCAUUGCGACGCGGGAGCUCCAAUCACUGGCUGUGACGUUUGUGGAAAAAUCAAUUCAGGCCGCUGACGGACGUCGACCUGCGCUUCUGUGACAAGCGGACAAUCAAAACAGCAACAUGCCCGUGGGUACCUUUGACGCCUGGGACACGGCUGUCCUGAUCAGCAUCCUGGUCGUUUCGGCCCUUAUCGGCAUUUACUACCGCUUUGCGGGCGGCCAGCAGAAGACCACGCAGGAGUACCUGAUGGCGGACCAGAGCAUGACCACCUUCCCGGUCUCCUUCAGCCUGAUGGCCAGCUUCAUGUCCGCCAUCUCCCUGAUGGGCGUCUCCAACGAGUCCUACGAGUUCGGAACAAUGUUCUGCGUGAUCAACAUAUCCUAUAUUCUGAGCACGCCCAUCGCCGCCAACAUCUUUUUGCCGGUUUUCUAUAGGAUGCGGACGACCAGUGUGUACGAGUACUUGGAGCGGCGCUUCGGCCAAACCACCCGGCUGUCCGCCUCCCUGGCGUUCACCGUGCAAAUGGUGCUCUACAUGGGCAUUGCCCUCUAUGCCCCGGCUCUCGCUUUGGAGGCGGUGACAAACAUCCCGCGCUCAUGGGCCAUUGUGGUCAUUGGACUGGUGUGCACCUUCUAUUCCACACUGGGCGGCCUGAAGGCGGUGCUCAUCACGGAUGUGUUUCAGUCCUUCCUCAUGUUCGCCGCCAUCUUCUCGGUGAUCGCUGUCUCGGCCAUUAAAGCGGGCGGAUUCGCUGCUAUCUGGGAGGUGGCCGUGGAGCGAGGCCGUAUCCAGUUCGAUGAAUUCUCCCUGGACCCCACCGUGAGGCACACCUGGUGGUCUCUUAUCAUUGGCGGCAUGGUCACCUACUUAUCGCUGUACGGAGUGAAUCAAACACAGGUCCAGCGGCUGUUGAGUGUCCACAAUUUGAAGAGUGCUCAGUCGGCGCUCUGGUGGAAUCUGCCCAUUCUGGGAAUGCUUAGCUUUAGCACAAUUUUCAGUGGCCUGGCUAUCUUUUACUAUUAUCGCGACUGUGACCCGGUGCUCGAGGGACGCAUCGAAAAGCGUGAUCAGGUCAUGCCACUUUUCGCACUGGACACUAUGGGUCAAUACCCUGGAUUGUGCGGCCUCUUUGUUUCGGGCAUAUUCUCCGCCAGUCUCUCCACGAUUUCGUCGGCUGUUACCUCACUUUCUGCCGUAACGCUGGAGGACUACCUGAAGCCCUUGUACAAGGCGAUAUUUAAGCGGACGCUAGUCGACUCCAAGUCCACAUUGCCCACUAAGAUUGUGGCCUGCAUUUUUGGGCUGCUCUGCGUCGGAUUGGCGUUUGUGGCUGGCUCCAUGGGCGGUGUUCUUCAAGCCUCGCUCACUAUCUUCGGAGUCGUGGGUGGACCUCUGCUGGCCAUCUUUACCCUGGGAGUUUGUACCACGCGAACCAAUCAACGAGGUGUGCUGCUGGGAUUCCUCGUUUCGCUUAUAAUUUCAUUCUGGAUGGGCUUCGGCGGACCCAAGCCAAAGCCCAUAACCAUGGAGUUCAGCACGGCCGGCUGUGAGAACGCCACUGCUCUACUAGCACAUGCCAUUGAACUUAGCGCAAAUAGCAGCCCAGUGGUCAUCGAACCUCACUACUUUUGGUUAUAUCGAAUUUCCUACUUGUGGCUAAGUGUGAUCGGAUUUAUCAUCGCUGUGGCCGUCGGCUACGGCAGCAGUAUUGUGCUCGUGCACUUUGGAUGGGCAGAAAACGCCGAAAUCUAUGUGGACAAGUUCCAGAGGGAACUGGACUACGACCUAUUCGCGCCCAUGCUUUCUCGUCGCUGGCGACGCCAAGCUGAACAAAAAAAACAAACGGCCGAGGACGAAACGCUCACCAAGCUAACUCAGCAGUAGUUCCGACCAGCUAAGAUUUAGAGUAAUAUAUUUAUGAAGUGAAAAGAAUUUCCAGGAGGCGUCGGCUAUACAAUCGCGGUAUUUGCUGUCGUAUGGAUGGAUGCUGGAUGUCGUACCUAAAAGUGCAUAACUAUGUGACCUUUUUGUAUACCUGUGUGAACGAAUCAAGCAUACAGAGCGACCAAAACAGAGUCUUCCAUAUACAUAUAAACAACGAUAAUUAGUAGUUAUUAACCGAGUUGCAAAUGUUCACAAGCAGGCCAUUAGCAGGCCUCGUAGGAAUAGUCAAAUGUUUUUUACAAUACUAUUUAAAGAGUAGAUUUCUACCUCAAUUGACUUUUACAAGCGACAAUAACCUAACGAAGCCCAAAUGCGCGUUGGCCGACUACUUUCCCGUGUUGAGCAUUGACAGCCACAAUGCCUCACACAGAUUAUUGAUUAUUUGUAUACUUAAUUUCAUUGGGAUAUUUAUAUUCAUGCCACUAAUUUUAUGAUCUAUGUUUAGUCAGUCAUUCGAUAUUUUCAUGAUAAUCUUUUAUUCACGUAAUACAGCUCGAGGUCUAGGUUUUAUAUACAGUGAGCACCCCUACAAAUAGUUACUAAAUGUUAGGCAUUGCAUUGCGCCACAUUGUGAAUUGUGUUUAAUUAUAUACCUCUAAAUGUACACAAAUAUACUGUAGAAUCAAAUAUAUAUGCGUGCAUCGCUAUCAACUUUUAAACAAUACACAACUCAUAGCGGUGAAAGUUGUAUGUAGUUCUAAAAACAGCUGACUAUUAAAAAGUGUUCUACGA